AUGUACGGGACCAACGAGAACCCGGGUCUGGCACCACGUGCCAUCGAGUCCCUGUUCCGCGUGAUUCGGAAGGAAGAGGGCCAAGGCCGCAAGAGCUUCUCCGUUAAGGCCUACAUGAUCGAGCUGUACAAACAGGACAUCAUUGAUCUGCUGGUCGAGUCCAGACCGAAAGAUCAGAAGUCCUUGCAGGUGAAGAAGGAUGCAGGCCGUGGAAUUAUGUUCGUGGAGGGCGUCAGCGAGCGGCCGAUCGCAAGCCCCGAGCAGCUGAAGGCUGUGCUAGCCGAAGGCGAGCGCAGACGACACACUGCCUCCACGGCAAUGAAUUCCAGCAGUAGCCGCUCACAUCUGCUGCUCAGCAUUAUUGUCGAGGCUGUCGUGAAGGACACAGAGCAGGUUAUCUACGGGAAGAUCACUCUCUGCGACUUGGCAGGGUCCGAGCGCCCCAAGAAGAGUGAGGUCAGCGGAGAUGCCUUGAAGGAGGCAAUUGAGAUCAACAAGAGCUUAGCGCCCAGGAGGGUGAAUUAG